AUGUGCAUGAUGGUAACCACUCUAUGUACGAUUUUGGUUACGUCUGAUCACGCAUGUUUCAUAGGACAGAAUUGUCAACAAGAAGGAUGUUCACUGGGUCUAUGUUGUUCGAAAUGGGGAUUCUGUGGCAAUUCAGAAUUGCACUGCGCUCCUCAUACGAAUAGCAGUCAAGGAAAUGGGUGUCAACCACCAUGUGCUUCUGGUCUCUGUUGUUCGAAAUGGGGAUUUUGUGGUGAUUCAGAAUUGCACUGCGCUCCUCAUACGGAUAGCAGUCAAGGAAAUAGAUGUCAACCAUCGUGUGCUCCUGGCCUUUGUUGUUCGAAAUGGGGAUUUUGUGGUGAUACACCACUCCAUUGUGCUACUCAUACCAAUCAUACACAAGGUGGCUCAUGUAAUCCACCAUGUGCGCCAGGUUUUUGUUGCUCCAGAUGGGGAUAUUGUGGUGAUACACCACUCCAUUGUGAGGGCAGUCCAUCUCCGGAUAUUGGCCGAUGUCCAUGUGCACCAGGUCUCUGUUGUUCAAAAUGGGGCUACUGUGGCAGUACACCGGAAUAUUGCGAUGGGAAACCAAUAGUUGAUAUUGAUGAUACAUCAAUAACUCGUGAACGAUUCGAUUGUAUAUUCGACCAGAUAGAUCCUGCUACUCGUGAGAAACGGUGGCAAGGUCUACAAGAAGCACUGAACAUGGUUCCAUUCAGAGCGGAGAAUCGCGACGAAGUUAUCAUGUUUCUUGCGCAUGUCUCUCACGAGACUGACGGCUUAAAAACAAACGAAGAAUAUUGUGGACAAUCUGGCGCGUGUGCUGAUGAUUAUCAAGAGUCAUGGUGUCCACCGAUACAACCCGAACCUGGUAAAAAGUAUUACGGUCGUGGAUGGUUUCAACUAUCAUGGCCGUGCAAUUAUCAUGCGAUCGGUGAAACGCUCGGCGUUGAUCUUUUGAAAAAUCCGGAAAAGCUUUCUGAAUCUGAUACAUUAGCAGCUGCCGCCGCUCUUGCUUUUUGGAAUGCAAACGAUAUGGGUCGACCAGCACGUGAAGGUAAUUUCGGAGCCACAACACAAAUAAUCAACGCAAUCGAAUGUGGUUCAACACCACAGCAAAGUAACCGAAUUAAACGUUAUCAGAAAGUUCGGAAAUGUUUUGGCCUUCCUGAAGCAACUAACAAAUUGCGCUGUUAA